AUGAGCCUCUACGACGGCAAAGUCUUUGGCUCGGCCUCCAACACGUCCAACGGCGAAGUCGGCGCCGAGACGCGCUUCCACUAUCACCAAGACGGCAAGAUUGUGUGGGCGGAAUAUUCGGGCGGCUCCAUUGUCCGGGGUACAUUGAUCGCGACUGUCAAGGAAGAGGAUAACAGCUUGGAUAUGAGAUAUCAGCACGUCAACAAGGAGGGAGAGCUCAUGACGGGACAGUGCAAGUCGACGCCUGAGGUUUUGGCUGAUGGACGGUUGAGAAUGCAUGAGAAAUGGAAGUGGACGAGUGGGGAUAGAUCUGAGGGCGAGUCUAUCAUUGAGGAGGUCAGGGAGUAA